CUCUCCGCUUCAGAUCACUCCCUUCAGUUAGACCUCUGUGAUCGUCGUCGACUGUGACCGGUCUGCGUGCUUGGUUACGAAAUCCAUCUCUUCUUCUUCGUGAACAUCAACUUAGCAAUUUAGGGCGUGGAAUUCGAAGAAGAGGAGGAGUCCACCUCCCCCAGAUUUCAUAUUUCGCUCCUGCCUUUGGUUUUGGUUGAUUGUCACUGCCCAGCCUCUACUGUUCCAUAAUUCACCUCUUUUUGAUCGCCAGAAACCAGUACCAGAGGGUAAUCUUCACCACCAGCCUUUUCCACUGCCACUGGACCGCUGGUACUUGUGCACUGACUCAGAAGAAGAUUGAUCUGCUGACAGCAUGAAUUACCUUCUUGGAGCUUUCAAGCCAGCGUGUAACAUCUUAAUCACAUUCAAUGAUGGGAAAAGUCGAAAGCAGGUUCCCUUUAAAAAAGAGAAUGGUCAAACAGUCACUGCCCCACUUUUCCAAAGUCAAGAAAACAUUGCUGGGAAGAUUAUAAUCGAGCCCAUGCAAGGAAAGAAGAUUGACCACAAUGGCAUAAAAGUCGAACUUCUCGGACAGAUAGAGAUGUAUUUUGACAGAGGAAACUUUUAUGACUUUACUUCCCUUGUACGAGAACUAGAUGUUCCUGGAGAUAUUUAUGAGAAGAAAACUUACCCAUUUGAGUUUUCCACGGUUGAAAUGCCAUAUGAGACAUAUAAUGGGGUAAAUGUCAGGCUUAGGUAUGUUUUGAAAGUGACCAUCAGUCGUGGUUAUGCAGGAAGCAUAAUGGAGUACCAGGAUUUUGUGGUCCGCAACUAUUCUCCACCUCCGGCAAUUAACAAUAGCAUCAAGAUGGAAGUUGGAAUUGAAGAUUGCCUACACAUUGAAUUUGAAUACAACAAAAGCAAGUAUCAUCUGAAAGAUGUCAUCAUUGGCAAGAUAUAUUUUCUCCUGGUAAGAAUCAAGAUAAAAAAUAUGGACCUUGAGAUUAGGCGUCGGGAAUCAACAGGUUCAGGGGCCAACACCCAUGUUGAGACAGAAACAUUGGCGAAAUUUGAGUUGAUGGAUGGUGCUCCUGUCCGAGGUGAGUCAAUACCGAUUAGACUGUUCCUUAGUCCCUACGAGCUGACACCAACUCAUCGCAACAUUAAUAACAAAUUCAGUGUGAAGUACUUCUUAAAUCUGGUGUUGGUUGAUGAAGAGGACAGGCGAUACUUCAAGCAGCAGGAAAUCACAAUGUAUAGGCUGCAAGAAGAAACUUCCUGAUUGAUCAUCGUACAGGAAUGGGUUAUAGGCGUAACGAGCAUAGAAGUAACGAACACUAUCAUGAACUACGAAGAGCUCUGAGAUUUAGCGGACGUUCACUUGAAACCCUUUUUCGGGGGUACAAAGUCUGGUUUUCUAGCUGACUAAAACAUCUGCAAAUUAUAUGUACAUUGGUUGGCAGAUCAAUCAUCCGUCUCUUGAUGCAGUUUUGGAACAUUUGGGCAUACAUUCCAUUAAAACAAGUUAUCUCUUAUUUGUGCUCUAAAGUGUGUUGUGACCAAUAUUAUAUACUUUUUAGGUUUCUUCUACUCCUCCCGGUCCAAUUGAUGUUAUUAUACACUGAUUCACGGUGUGAUGUUUCAUUGUUUUGUACUCGACUUCUGUCACUAAGAAUCAUCCGUGCCUUCCGCAUUCCUCUUUUCUUCCCCACUUUUUACUGUGAUAAAUGAAGGGUGGUUUGGUAUCUGGUUUGUUUGA